CCCAGGGUCGUUACAUUACUCCCUCCUUUCAAAGAGUGCUCCUCGCGCUAGCUUGCGGCUCUACGUCUUACAGGAACGCGCUCACCGGCCAAGCACACGCACUGUCGUGGAUGCAAGGUCCGAUCACUUCUGACACCAAUGUAAUGAAACAGCAGGGAGCAGAUCUCGAACCCUCGACCUUCGAGCCCGAGGUCCGGCGCGCUAUCGACUGUGCGGCAGAAUCGAUUUCCGCGCUUAUAAACCCAGGGUCGUCACACUAUUGACGAUUUGUGUUGCAACAAGCAAGUUUCCUGAACUUCUAUUUGCAGAUUUUUUUCGGGAUAAUACGAGACAGACGGUAUGUCACGGCGCGUGUGUGUGAUUGGAGGGGGAAGUUCAGGUCUGACCAGCAUCAAGAGCUGUCUGGACGAGGGUCUGGAGCCCACCUGCUUCGAGAGCAGUGAUGACAUUGGGGGGCUGUGGAGGUUCAAGGAGAACCCGGAGGCUGACAGGGCCAGUAUCUACCACUCUGUCAUCAUCAACACCUCCAAGGAGAUGAUGUGUUUCUCUGACUUUCCCAUCCCAGCCCACUUCCCCAACUACAUGCACAACUCCCUCAUCAUGGACUACUUCCGCAUGUACGCCGAACACUUCCAACUCACCAAGCACAUACGCUUCCAGAUCAGAGUCCUCCAGGUGAAGCCAAGACCCGACUUCUCUCGUUCGGGCCAGUGGGAUGUGGAGACAGAGAACAAGAAGGGAGAGAAGGAGAAACAUAUCUUUGAUGCUGUGAUGAUCUGCAUAGGACACCACUGUCACCCCAACCUGCCUCUACACGAUUUCCCAGGUAUCGACAAAUUCAAGGGCCAGUACUUCCACAGUCGGGACUAUAAGACGGCAGAAGAGUGGCGGGGGAAGAGGGUGGUGGUGAUCGGCAUCGGCAACUCUGGAGGAGAUAUUGCUGUGGAACUCAGCAGGGUCACCAAACAGGUAUUCCUCAGUACCAGGCGUGGGGCAUGGAUCCUCAACCGUGUGGGUCAACAAGGGGUGCCCAUGGACUUUCAAUUGAACAGAAGGGUGUUAAAGAUGGCCCAGUCUGUACUGCCCUUUGGCCUGGUCUGCAGACUGGGAGAGAACAAAAUCAACCAGAGAUUCAACCACAGCCUCUACUCUCUACAGCCCAAACACAGGCUGUUCAGCCAGCACCCUACAGUGAAUGAUGAGCUGCCCAACCGGAUCCUGUCUGGCACAGUGCAGGUCAAACCCAACAUCCGCAGGCUCCAGGGGUCCAGCAUUGAGUUUGACGAUGGAACCGUGGAGGACAACAUAGACUUGGUGGUGUUUGCCACUGGCUACAACUUCUCCUUCCCCUUCCUACCGUCCAAUAUGCUGCCAGUUUCCGGGAACAAGGCCAAUCUGUAUAAGUACAUGUUCCCUCCGGGGUUAGAGCGUCCCACACUGGUCGUUAUAGGGCUGGUGCAGCCGCUUGGAGCCAUCAUGCCCAUCUCUGAAAUGCAGGCCCGAUGGGCCACCAGGGUCUUCAAAGGGCUGAAUAAGCUUCCCUCAAUGGACUGCAUGUUGAAGGACAUUAAACACAAGGAGGAGACAAUUGCCAAGAGGUAUGUGACCUCCCAGAGACACACCAUCCAGGUGGAUUACAUUGACUACAUGGACCAGAUAGCUUACCAGGUGGGAGCGCGUCCCAGCCUCCUAGGGCUGUUGCUACGAGAUCCUGGUGUGUGGCUGUGUGUGCUGCUGGGGCCAUGCACCCCGUACCAGUACCGUCUGAGAGGGCCGGGACAGUGGGACGGGGCCCGACAGGCCAUCCUGACUACAUGGGAUCGGAUGGCAGGAGCCCUGAAGACCAGGCCCUCGGACAUCCCUGAGCCCAAGCAGAGUUCCUUACCCCUGACCCUAACCGUGGGGGCUGCUGCCCUGGCUCUGGGGUACUACUGGAACAUACACAACCACCCAUCCCUCCUCAUCACCCUGGACCCCACCACCUGGCAGGACAAGAUCAAACCAUACCUGCCAGUGUUGUGGUAACCCACCAGGGAUCAAACCCAGGCUGGGUGGCUAACACAGUCAUGUUAGCCCACUAUGCUAAAGCCUAGCCCUCAGCCAUUCCACCUAUUUAUUCAAUUCCAGUACAAGUACACAACCAGCUGUACUAGUGGUGGUAUAGAACAAAUAUGUUUAAGGACUGAGAGUCCCAGAGUACUAGGUAUUGUAAGACUGGUUUGGUUGACUAAUGCCCAUUAGCCCACUGAGCUAAAGCCAAGGAGGUCACCUCCGUUACACCAGGACAGUGACCUGAAACAAACUCAUAAUCCAGAUGAGCUAUUAACCAGAAAUACAAAAAUGCAAUAGCAGGCAGCAAUCACUAACCUUACUGUCUGUUAAUUCAUCUGCCAGGUCAUCUUUGUGAAAGAUGAGAGCUCUACCAACUAAUCAGGGAUCACCAAUAAUUCACAGAAUGGAUGCACAGAAUUGGAAAUAAUACACUAAUUUUGCACUAUGCAUUAUCCACAGCCUGUUCUCAUAAUUGUUGAGAUUCAAUUUUACUUGAUGCCACAGUGCCUUAGACUGAUCAGAUAUAUUAUAAUGUAAUUUAUUUUGUUCUAUAAUCUUAUUUUCUAAAUAGCAAAAUGAUUUUAGGAGAGUGUAGUGUAAUACAUUUUUGCCUUCAUGUUUGGAUUGGCUUUGAGUGUUACAAGUCUGUAAUUCACUAAUCUAGUCAAAUGUAUGCACACACUAACCUCUACCUUCUCCCUCCUUACGAUGUACUGGUGACCAUGAUAAAUGUCACCACUAAGUGCCUACUCCAGGAACAUCUUUGCUAUAAACCACUAAAGUGUGGCCCAGAGAUGCAUGGUGUCUGGAUGUUUAAAGAGCCACUGAACACGCCGAUUGGCACGUGUUCUUCUGAUGCUCAUUAUAAAAUGUUGAUUUCUGGAUCGAUUGGGUGUUUGGUUAAUUAUGUUUGUCCCCCAUGAGACACUGUAGAUGCGGAAGCCUGUUUCACUUCCUCAAAAUCCCCAGAAUAAAUAACGAAAGAAAUCUGUAAUUCAUUUUGACAUUUUUGAUGAGGAUGUUGCACAAUUUUACAUCUAAUUAAAGGUGUUUGGUGCAGUAAUUCUCAAGUAAAAAAAAAUUGCAAUGUGUUGUCUUAUGUAAGCAAAGUUAGAGCUGCUGGGCAGGUCUGUCUCACUGUCAAUGCUAUUGGAGAGUGAGCAAUCCACACAGCUGUUCACCCCAUGUUAGUUGGCAAAUGGACAUCAAAUCAAAACCCAAACUUUAUUUACCCGUUGUGAAGCACAGAUGGUCCAAACUCUGUUUUAGAUGAGAUGACUUUAUGACAAAUUAUUUUACACUAUAUAGUCAAUUUUGACACUAGAUUAACUGUAUCUUGCUAAUUUGUUGUCACAUAGGCUGUUUUCAAAGGGUUUUGUUGCUUUUUAAAGGCAGUCACACUUUAAAGCUAGAAUCCUUAGUUGCUACAUCCUAUUUUUGACUAAUUAAAUGUACCCAUUAUAUUCAAGAAUAAAUUUAGAAAUGCCUCGCGCUUACUUCAAAUGUCGUACCCAAUCCAAACCCAAAAUACAAGCAAAUUUUACUCAUUUUGUAAACAAUGCAUAUUUAAACAAACACUGUGUAGCCUCAACAUUUUUAAAACGUUCAUUUUGAUUUCAUGGAUGUUCAGUCUAUGCAUCCUCGGUCUAUGAUUUGAGAGCGGUUACAUUUCUCUGGGCCCAUCCCUCAGGUUUUUUCCAAAACUGAAGCAGGGUGCUGACUUUGCUAUUGUUUCAUUUAAGGAUUCUAGGUUUAAUAUCUUUGUAAUGUAUGUUUUUUAGCCCAGCAACAUUUACUUUGUUGGGCUUAAUAACAUUUUAAUGUAAUACUAUGGGAUGAAAACAAGUUAUGAAUUUGAAACAUUGUAGAAUAGAUUCAAAAAUAAAAAAUGAAUGACAUUUG